CUUGAGAAGAAAGCAUCAGCCGCUGGAUUCAGAAGUGCAAAGUUGAGGAAUGGAUGAUUACAUCAUGGAGCAGCUGGUGUUUUGGACUCAAGUCGGCAAAUCCGAUGGGUUUGAUGUUGAGCAUUUGAUGGACACAAAACCAUCGAGUUGUUCGCUCAGUACGCGCAAGUUUGAAGAUAAUGAUGAUUACCCCACCAUGAUCGUCCUCCCUGCUAGGUUGGGGAUCCACAAGUACAAUAUGAUACAGGGGACUAACCUGCAGCUCAGUUCCAUAGAGAAAUUGAAUAAACGAUCUAGCGUAGUAUGUUGUUGUUACUAUAUAACCCUGGUUGCAAAGGAUCCAGCUUCAGGCGGUUCCCUUGUAUCUUUUCAGACGAAAUUUGUUGACGAAGGCUUUGACAUCAAGGAACUGACUUGUCCUAUUGCUCGACUUAAGUACGGACCACGAGAUAACUCCGAGGAAGAGGAACCCGAAGAUGAUUGCUACCAACUUAAAUUGCCUGAUGAGUGGCCUUCUGAGGAUGUUUUCAAUAAUAAAAAACGAUUCUACGUGAUGAAGAAAUCAGAGCUACGGAAAUAUGAUUGGGUUCGCCUGUACAUGGAAAUCUCAUUCUACAACGCGAAUAUGAUACUUAAAAAUCUUGAUCUGUCGAAAUUGGUGAUUAUGAAGGUAGCGGUAGAAACUGAGGAAAACGUGGAACCGCCUAGUGAGAGACUCAAGGCCAGAAAUGCAGUUUUCUACAUAAGGUACAGGUACCAUCCUAAUAAGGCUCAUGGUAACAAGCUUCCCCGUGAUCGCGUAGCUAUAGUAAAAAGAACAAUCGACAAGAAUACCGGAUCCCUCACUCUACAGUUCGAUGGCAGGCUUUCAAAAACUCUUCUGUAAGUCAGUGACUGCUGGCAUUAGGAUGGGCUCUCCAGUCCUACUCUUAUUAUGAAGCUUGUAGUAAUUUAUAACCAGAUCCAUUAGAAAAUGUGGAUCACAUAAUAAGCUCUCAACAGAACUUUGUACUUCAUAUAUCUUCCAACAAAACUCACAUACAUAACUAUUUUU